AUGGAGAGUCAGCAGUUGAGAUUGCAAAUGAAGGCGUUGACGCUGCAGGGUAUGCAAUUGGUACGGCUUCAGAGAUUUUGUGAUGAAGCAAAACUUCAUCUUGCUUCAAGGAACAAUGGUGAUGCACAGCUUCAAUCAAGGCCUAAAAGGAACAACUCUGAGUAUUUAAGGUUGCUUCUAGAGAGUGGCAUUAUUCAUCAUGGGAUGAAACUUGGAUCGCAGUAUGAAUCUCUUUACCCUUCUGAGGGAAGAGAAACUUUCUUCUUUGGCGAUGACUUUAUUGAAAUCAUGUUGCAUUACACAUGGAUUUAUAUUAGGACUCCGAAUGUUUCAUUUCUUGUUGCAUUGGACACUGGUAGUAAUCGGCUUUGGGUUCCUUGUGAUUGCAUAGAAUGUGCUCCUUUCUCAGCUGAUAAGGAUUUCAAUCAGUAUAGUCCAUCAUUGUCAAGCACCAGCAGGUAUCUCCCUUGCAGUCAUCAGUUGUGUAAUCCAAAUACCAGUUGCAAACAUUCCAAGGAUCCUUGUCCUUAUUUUGCUGAUUACGCCUCAGAUGAUAAUACAACAAGUUCUGGAUUUCUUAUUGAAGACAAACUACAUUUGGCAUCCAAUAAUGCAACAAAGAAUUCUGUUCAAGCCUCUAUCAUUUUUGGUUGCGGUAGGAAACAAGGUGGAGACUUUUUAGCAGGAGCUGCUCCUAAUGAUUUGUUGGGGCUAGGACCUGGAAGCAUUUCAGUCCCAAGUUUGCUGGCAAAGGCAGGACUUAUUCGGAAUUCUUUCUCACUUUGUUUAAACUCUGUUCUUAAAAUUUAAAAUAGUUCUUCUUGUGAAAUCUCUUUUAUCUUCCCAAUAUCAUUUCCCUAUCUUUUUUAUGAUUUUGAUGAUAUACAAAAUAGUUGUGCAGGGUUGUUUGGCUGUAUUACAGUCUGGUUACGACGACUACAUACAUCACCGUUGGACGAGAGUAUACGGUAUCCCACUGCAUACCUUACAUCAAACACAGUCUCAUCACCGUUGGACGAGAGUAUACGGCUAUCAUAUGGUCUUUGAUAAGAAGAAUCUAAGCUUUGGCUGGUCUAGAUCCAUUGUGAGUAUGUUUCUCACUUUAAAAAAUUCAUUGGUUUUCUGCUCCUUUAGAAUGGAUUCUUAUUGAAUUAUCAAUUUUUUGUGCCAUUUGCCAAAGAUAGUCUUUCGUGUUUAACUUUUUCUCUAAAUAAUUAUUUAGUAUUGUGGGGUUACCUUAUAUGUUAAAUGUCUUCUAUAGAUUAUUCAUUUGUUUCUAUUUCAAGAAAACAAGGACACAAAUUGUAGUAUCGACAUUGUUUCUAUAAUUUUCUGCCCUGAGUUGUGACUGUUUUUCAUGGUAAUUUCUGCUUGAUGCUAAUAGCUAAGACUGCAGGUCAAGAUAGCAGCAUGAGAGCACACCAAAUUUUACAUCACUUUGAGUAUGAGCAAAACAAUAUAUCUGAACCAUCCAACUUUUUUUAAGAGAUUAGGUAUAGGAUUGUAUUCAUCAGCCAUAAAAUCAGCACAGCAAAUGUGAGAUUCAUAUACGAGUAUGAUCAAUUUACAACAAGAUAUUAGUGAAUUGUUCUAACCUCAGUAAAUUUCUAUGUUCAAUACAUACCAGAAUCUUGGAGUGAUCUACAGUAUUCUGAUAUCUUUGAGGAGUUUCUAACCUGGUCCCAUAUCUUGGCUGAACUUUCUAGCCAUUCACGCUCAGACACGGGUCUCAUGAAAGAUGACUGCUUCACUGAUAAAAUCUGACAAAACAUAUCACAAUAAGUCCUAAAUUCUAUAGAUUAUUAAUACUAACUGGUCAGCAAGAAAGGAGGUAAUAUAUUUACAGCAACAACAAAAACUUAAUAAAUCAUAUAGGGAAGUAUUUAUGGGAUAUUCAUUCCGCACAUGUGGCAUUUGCAUGGAGAUAGAAAGAGUUACCUGAUCUCGUAUUUUCCUUAGAGCAGAAAUGUAACUCUCAGCUCUGGGAUUUUCUUUUUUUUCUUUACAUGGGAUCGUAAACAAAUUUAGCGUGUUAGAAUCUGUAUCCCUAUUAGAAGAUGAAACUUGCUCAUCAGAAUGGUUUCUAGUAGUUUUUGUAACAAAAGAGGAUGUUUUGAAAUACUGCAUGAGCUCCUUCCUCAGUAGCAAAAUAUUUUUAGGAGUCAACUCUUGAUCUCUUAGCCUGUAUUAGUAAACAUAAAGUUAAUGUGAGUGCUUCAUUAUACAACAACCUUAUUUCUAUUAGGUAAUGAAGUGGAUCCAUACAAUGUCAAACAGUGUAAACUUACAAUCUGUUUCGGAUUGUAAAAAUAUUUCGAUUUGAUGACUAAUUUAUGCCAAUUCUUUUCUGCAAAUAUAUUCAGGCAAAAAGAAAUUUCUUACUUUGUGCGUACAAAAACAGGAGUGGCGGUGUAUUCCCUUUCAGGAACUUUGCUAUCUUUCUCAACAAGCCCUGAGCUAGAAGACAGUAAGGAUGGGUCUGAAAUGUCACUCUUCAGCAAGUCAGCCUAUAUUAUAACAAGCACAGCAUGGUUAUUCCUUUUCAAUGCAUUAAAUAGUAUAAGAUGAAACCAAUACCGUUGACACAGGCAUCAAACACAACAAUGAAGCAUCUGCAAAUAUCAUAAGCAAACUAAGAGUAUUGCACAUACCGUUGUCAUCAAAUGCCACAAGUCGUCAUCAUGGACUCCGUCUGACACCACCAGCAGAAUAUGACAUGUGGAUGCUAGAAAAACAGCAAGCUAGAAAGAUUCUUUUUAGCAUCCCAGCAUGAUCAAAUUGAUCAGACACAGCGGUCGGUAAUAAGUUUAAAAAAAGGACAAUUGUGAUCAUGAUUGGAAGUUUAUACACAGAAUUAUAUUUUCAUUGAAAAAGUAUUCUCUGCUCGGGAGUCACUGUUUACCUGAAUAGCCAUAAUCUCUUGAGCCAAUUCAGCUGACAAAGAUUCUCCACUCAUCACCGAAAUUGUUGAAGACCCAUCAGGUUCCAUCAUCUCAGCUAAAACAGAAGCACUGAAUACAGGCUACAAAUACAAGGAAUCAAGUGAUUACACAAAUAAGAAAAUGAAGAAAACAUUUAGAGCAUCAAGUUAUCAUGGUUAAAACCUGUGUAUCAAGAAGAAUAACAUGUUCAGCCGAUAUCCUUGGUUCAAUGCCCUUAGAACAAUGCCUUGCCAUAGCUCUUUCCUCUUUAGAUUCGAUGACAAAAGGUGGUAGCAUCUCUACUACAUGCCCAGAUAUC